AUGGCUGUCCCUCCGUCAUACAGUGACUUGGGAAAGUCUGCCAGGGAUGUAUUCAACAAGGGAUAUGGAUUUGGAAUGGUCAAGUUAGAGCUGAAGACCAAGUCUUCCAGUGGGGUGCUGGAAUUUGCUGCAGCUGGUUCUUCCAACACGGACACAGGCAAGGCUUCAGGCAGUCUAGAGACCAAAUAUAAGGUCAAAGACUAUGGACUUACUUUCACCCAGAAGUGGAACACAGACAACACACUGGGAACAGAAGUUUCGGUGGAGGAUCAGUUGGCUGAAGGAUUGAAGGUGGCUCUUGACACUACAUUUGUACCAAACACAGG